UCCCGCUAAAAUCUGCUGGAGCAAAAGCCCAUCAGUGCAGGCGCCCAUGAACAGGCCUGAAGAUUACUGAAAGGCAGGGUGUUCUCGGAAGAAUAGUUGCAGUGAAUCGAAAAAUUUGUAGAGAGGUAUUGAGCCAUGGCAAAUCGCAAAGCUGCAAUCGCUGCCACAAUCCUCUGCCUCUGCUUUGUUCGAGCGCAGUGCGACGCUGCGGCCUCAGUCGGUCCCUCGCCGUCGCCGGAGCAGGAACAGGAAAUUCAGAUGCUCAGGUCCAAGGUCGCGUCCUUAGUCAUACAAUGGGUCGCUGGUGUGAUUCUCUUAGCUGUGCAUGGGAACAGGUACCUGAUUGCUUGUUAUCUUGUUUACUGGGUGAAAGAAUUAAGUUCUUUGGCUUUAGACGAUGAGAUAAACAGGAGGACGGAGGAGACCUCGCAGCUGGAGAGUGUUGUCAGGGAGAGGACGGCACAGAUGGCAGCACUGGUAGGCGAGCUAGAACUUCUGCAGAAGGUAAAUGUGGCUGAUGAUGAGUCGGUGAUGAAGGCAAACACGAAUGUUGAUGUGCUAGAAAAGCAGAUUGAGAGGUUGGGUAGUGAUUUGGAAGACCAGGUUAGGAAAGGAGAAUCAUUAGAAGCCCGAGCUACUGAAGCAGAAAAAAACUGGCAUGAAUUUAGCCACAAGUUGGAGCAUGCAGAGAAUAUUAAUGUUGAGCAGAGGAAGAAAAUUCAGGACCUCGGUGGCAGACUUCAGAUUGCACAGUUUGCUCAGGAUAAACUUUCUGAUCUGGAAAAGGAAGCAAAACUGAAUGCUGAAGAGUUGGCAAAGGUUCAUGGUAUGUGGCUUCCACAUUGGCUUGCAGCACGUGUCGUGCGCUGUCAGGAAGUAGCAUCUGCCAAAUGGCAGGCCCAUGGGAAACCUGUGCUUGGUCCUCUGAUGCAAAAGGUUGCUGAGAAAUCGACAUAUGCUCAGCGAUUAAUGGAGCCACAUUUGCAGAAGGCACAAAAUAAAUGGGUUCCUAUCGCCAAAAAGCAUCUCACCUCACUGAGGAAUACUACCACGGUAUACACAUCGGCAGUAUACAGAGUUUGCAGAGAUGCUAUCCAACCAUGUACGGUGAAGGCGCGAGAAUUUGCUGGACACUAUUGGCAGGAAUGCAAGGCGUUCUCCCAACCAUACAUCAGCUGUAUCGUCGCCUUGUCUGAACCGCAUCUGUCCCGAGCAAAUGUGGCUCUCGAACCUUACAUGGAGCCUGUAACAUCCGGUUGCAGAAGCCUCGCUUCGUUGGCGUGCGAGUACCAUCAUCAGGUUCAGAACGGGGUCGAGGGCUUCCUCGAGGACACUCGGCUGCUGACACCUCUUCCAGCAGACAAACUGGCGUGGCUGACGGCUUCCGCUUUGUUCGCGCUGCCGGUGCUCUCCAUUUACAAGAUCUUGUCAGCCACGAUCCGUCCGUUCCUCGGUGUGCUGUUCUGCAGUAAGAAAAAUCAGGCAAAGAAAAGACAGAGGCAGCAGCCGCAAGAACAAGCGCAGAGUCGACAAGUAGAGUAGAGAACCACGUAAGGUGUGCUGCCUUUGAAAACUGACGACCCUGAACAGUGGAAGCUUCCUUCCGGGACAUCGCCGACCUGCCGGCUGCUGAAGCAUCGGACGCGGCAACCCCUGCCGGAUGCCGGCAAUUCUACGGAUACGAACGAACCUGUAUAUACUGCAUAUUUGCAUGUGUUUUUUCUCCGGUGUAUAUGUAUAUGCAUAUAUAGUUUUCUUUUUUCUGA